ACCAAAGUCCAGCAGCACGCUCCCUAACGAAGGCCGGCAUCCCUCAAGGUGAGUUUCCUGUGUUGUUAUGCUGCCAGUUUUGCGUCCCAGGGUUCUAGGCGUGCGUUUGGAGGUCGUUUGGAGGGAGAAAGUAUGGUGGAACAGGGUGGAUUGCAUGUGGAAGUUCUGGAUGAGGGUGGACUGGGCGGCCUUGGAUUGGAUGUGUUGAAUGGCUCUGUUGGAUAGGAUGGCUUUGGCGGAAAGUUUGGGUGGUUGGACGGUUGACUUGGUGUUCGGACGCAAACUGCAGCUUUGGCCCAUUUGAGUUCACACAGGUAUUGACGAAACUUUGACCCUCUGUAGACCAAGGUAUACAAAUGGCCCCCACGAAGACCACGAAGGGUAAGGCUGCGGCCUCCAAGUCAAAACCUGGUUCCAAGGACGCUAAGGCAAAGGCCGCCAAAAAGGCCGCACUUGCGGGUACCCACCAACAUGCUGCACGCAAAGUGCGAUACUCUGUCUCCUUCCACCGCCCCAAGACCCUGCGCCUUGCCCGUGACCCCAAGUACCCCCGCAAGUCGAUUCCUCAUGCACCCCGGAUGGACCAGUUCAGGACGAUUGUCUCGCCCCUGAACACUGAGUCGGCGAUGAAGAAGAUCGAAGAACACAACACCCUUGUUUUCAUCGUGGAUCUUAAGGCGAACAAGCGUCAGAUCAAGGAUGCUGUCAAGAAGCUCUAUGAUGUUCAGGCCGCGAAGGUCAACACCCUUAUUCGCCCCGAUGGCAAGAAAAAGGCAUAUGUGCGAUUGACGGCUGAUCAUGAUGCCCUGGAUGUGGCAAACAAGAUUGGUUUCAUCUAAAAUUGUCGCUUUUGUUUGUUCACUGUCCUGCCUUGGGUCGCCCGUUCCAUGACCUGCACCUAUCGUAUCAUGUUCUUUCACACUGCAUUACCUCACGAUCUGUAUGCGUACUUCCAUGCCCUAAGAUAUCAAGCAAGCUAUGCUUUCUGGGUACCGCUGUACGCAUGUGGGAACUUUCAGCGGUGUUACGACACAAUUCAACUCAGUGGUAGCGUUUACGACCUUGUGGAGAGUGAGGUGAAAUUUCAUGAACGUUGGCCCUGCAAAGAAUGACAGCUGGCGUCCGAAUGCUGGGACAUAUCUAUGUGGGAACGAAGUGCGGGACAAACUCGAUGCAUGUUCUGUCACCAUGGUGGCAACGCG